AAUCUUUUUUCAAGAAGCUUUGAAAACGAAGAAGAAAAACGAAAAACAAUCGGUCGAUUUUUUAAAAAAGUUAGUCGUAUUGUUAACGAACGUAGGUUGUUUUUAAUUUUUGACUAUCGUUAACGAUCUGUAAUGAAGUCUGAAAGAAUCGAGUUGAACGAGAUGAACGAGAAUGACGAGAUGAAUGAGAUGAAUGAGACCGGUUUAGUGGAUUGCAAUGACGACUGUCAAGAAAUCGAAUGGAGUUUCUGGAUUGAGGGAGUGGCGGUUCCUUUGAUUGCUGCUUUCGGGAUAACAGGGAACGUGUUUUGUGUGUUUGUUUUCACACAGAAAAGUGUAGAACUUAAACCAUGUUUCUCAAACAUUCUCAAAUGCCUCUCCAUCUUUGAUUCAUUAUUUUUGCUUGGAGUGACCCUUCUCUACCCUCUACCAAUACUGUCUGAAACCUACAGUAAUUUUGAACCUAAUGUUACCCCAUACAUUCUACCAUUCACACAGAUAGCGCUUACAGGAAGUGUAUAUAGUGUACUUGCUGUUGCUUUGGAGAGAUACUUCACGAUUUGUCGACCUUUUCAGUAUAAUCUGGGAAGUUUGUUAGAUGGUUGUCUCUAUAUCCUGGUGAUCGUCCUCUUCUCUAUCCUCUACAACCUCGCCAGGUUCUUCGAGUAUGAAACUGUUGUGGAGAACAUGUACGAUCCUAGCACCAAUAGCAGUACUGAGAUCACAAAACUGGGUUUAACACCACUCAGACAAAAUCCAGUUUACACAACUGUCUGCAUACUUCUUAACACAGCUGUUAUGGGUAUAUUCCCCAUCGUCACCCUCUCUAUCCUCAACUUUAAGAUCAUCAAGAAGAUGAGGAAAGCCAACCUUGUUCACAACAGGAUAGCCACAAACCAGAGGCGGGAUGGUGCAAUGACUGCCCUUCUCUCCGGAGUUGUGGUGGUUCUCAUUCUCUGCCACACACCAAAGACUAUCAUUAACAUGUAUGAGUCAUACCAGAUGUUAAUGUGGGGUUCUCUAAAGUAUACACCCCUGUGGGGUAGACUGGUGAUUAAACUGAGCCAUCUUCUUCUGACUGUAUCAUCCGCAGUAAACAUCCUCAUCUACUCAUACAAGGACCUCAAGUUUAGAUGUGUUGUGUCAUCAGUGUUUGUUAAAAUGUACACAACCUGCAGGGACAUGUGCUGUAAACAUCAGAAAGAAGGAAUUUCAAGCAUUGAGCUUCUUGAGUUGAAAUCUGCAGUUAAUCCUAAUCAUCAUCAUGAUGUAAACAACAUCACUACUGCUCCACUAGUGAGUGAAACCAAUAUUAAUCUAAUCUCCCAUCAUACCUAAACCAUACCUGGAGCUAAGGCUAGAUCUACCCCUUAUGCCUGGAGGUUUAACAAGUUCAAGUACCAGAUGUAAUGAAUAGGCAGAUGUUAUUAAACUACUUCUUUGCAGUUCAGUUACUUUUCGCUAUUCAAUAAAUCUAGUCUCAAUGUUCAUUGGGAAAUUCUGAAAAUAUGAAACAAUUGACACUAUUGAGUAAACAGCACAAGUGCUCAAACAAAACAGUACACAUUGAAAUUUACUGAAUUUGAACCUGGGCCGAAUAUUGCUCAUAUUGAGUCCCAUCACAGUAUAGACAUAUAAUUUUUCAAUAAUUGUUUUUGUUUUUAAUACUUUAAAUAAUUUAAAAUCUAAUUUUACUGCUAUUCUGUUUUAUCUUAAAAAAUCUAUUUAAUCAAAAUUCAUUCAAUGCUCUUGGAUUUCCUAUAGAGGAAAUCAAUCUAAGAGAAGUACUGCAGAUGUCAGUAAAUGAAAAAUUAUUGUUUUCUUCUAAUGGAAAAAGAAAAGGUAUUCUGUAGCUUUUUCUUUAUAUUGCAGACCAGUGAUUUCAUAAAAAGGUUAGGAUUCAUGCACUUAAAUCCUAAUAUAUAAAUGAUUUAUUUACAAGUUAGAACCUUUUACUUAAAAGGUUUAUGUACAUUUUAAUCAUAAUAUUUAGAAGAUUCAUGUACAAGUUAGGUCCUAAUAUCUAAAAGUUGUAUGAACACCUUAGAUCCUUAUAUCUAAAAGAUUUAAGUACAACUUAGAAACUAAUAUCUAAAAGAUUCAUCAACUUAAAGGACCUAAUAACUAAAAGAUGUAUGUUCAAGUAUUUAGAUCCUACUAUUCUUUCAACUUAAAAGAUGAAAACUCUGUACUAUAAAUAACUUUAUUUUUAAAGAUAUCUGAAUUUCUAAAUUUAUACAACCUGUUUAAAAAUUAGACAUUUCA